UGUAUAUAUACACAAAUAACACCUUAAAAAUUUCCUCACAAAUAUCCUCUUCUCUAUUCUCUUCAAGACUUCCAUCUUUCUCAUUUGAUCACCAUGGCAUCAAAGACUAAUAUCAAUCUACUUAUCCUUAUCAUUAUCCUUCAAACGCUAGUGUUAUCCAUUAAUGGUCAUGAGCUUGAAGGAGAUGUGCCCAUAAACAUUCAUCAUAACAACACUUUCAUCACUGCAACAAAGCAAAGUUGCAACUUCUUCUAUGGAAAAUGGGUCUAUGAUCAAUCUUAUCCUCUCUAUGAUUCUUCAUCUUGUCCUUUCAUUGACCCUGAGUUUGAUUGCCAAAAAUAUGGCCGUCCUGAUAAUCUCUAUCUCAAAUACAGAUGGCAACCUUCUGCAUGUCAACUUCCAAGGUUUAAUGGGAAGGAUUUGUUGUGGAAAUGGAGAGGAAAGAAGAUAAUGUUUGUAGGGGACUCACUUAGUUUGAACCAGUGGCAAUCACUCACUUGCAUGCUCCAUGCUGCUGUUCCUAAUUCUAGGACUUCUUUCUCUAAAAGGGAUCCACUUUCUUCCAUUAGAUUUGAGGACUAUGGAGUGUCAAUAAUGUUUUACCGAUCGACAUACUUAGUAGACAUUGCGCGUGAAAGCAUUGGCCGUGUCUUGAAGCUUGACUCGAUAAGUAGCGGAGCCGCUUGGACAGGCGCUGAUGUGCUCAUCUUCAACACAUGGCAUUGGUGGACUCACAGAGGAAGUAGCCAACCAUGGGACUAUGUGCAAGAUGGAAAUAGGAUAUACAAGGACAUGAAUAGAUUAGUAGCCUUCUCGAAAGGCCUUGCAACCUGGGGCCAAUGGCUUGAUGCAAACAUCAAUCCUUCCACCACCCAAGUCUUCUUUCAGGGCAUUUCUCCUACUCACUAUCAAGCACAGGAUUGGGGAGGGACAAGUGAAAAUAACUGUUACAAAGAAACGGAACCAGUUUUAGGAUCAACAUAUCCAACAGGUACACCUCCAGAACAAGAUGUGCUCAAGAGUGUUUUGAAAACCAUAGAAAUACCGGUUUACCUUUUGGAUAUAACUUUGUUGUCACAACUGAGGAAAGAUGCUCACCCAUCUGCAUUCAGUGGAGAGCAUUCUGGUAUUGAUUGCAGCCAUUGGUGUCUUGCUGGACUCCCUGAUACUUGGAAUUCCAUUUUAUAUGUUGCUCUUAUUUGAUCCUAUUGUUAUUAUUAUUGUUAUUGUUAUAAGAAAUCAUGGAGAUAACAAAAGAGAAAUAGAAUCUUAAAACUAUUUAUAUGUUGUGUAAAGAUUGUUUUGGAUUAUCUUAUUUGAAGUUUGAUGAAUAUGUGAGUGAGAAAUGUAUGUAAAAUAGUGGGGGAAAGAAAAAAAAAAGCUCAAGUUGAUAAUUC